GGAAGCGCUGGGGGAUAAAGGAGCAGAGUUGAGUACGAAGCCAGGAUGGUGGUGCCUUCGCUGAAGCUUCAAGACCUAAUCGAGGAGAUUCGCGGGGCCAAGACUCAGGCUCUGGAGCGGGAGGUGAUCCAAAAGGAGUGCGCACACAUCCGGUCCUCCUUCCGCGAUGGGGACCCUUUGCAGAGGCACCGCCAGCUGGCCAAACUGCUCUACGUCCACAUGUUGGGCUACCCCGCCCACUUUGGACAGAUGGAGUGCCUGAAACUGAUCGCCUCCCCCAGAUUCACAGACAAGAGGGUGGGCUACCUGGGAGCCAUGCUUCUAUUGGAUGAGAGGCACGACGCCCACCUGCUCAUAACGAACAGCAUCAAGAAUGACCUGAGCCAGGGGAUUGAGCUAGUACAAGGCCUGGCACUGUGUACUCUGAGCACCAUGGGCUCUGCUGAGAUGUGCCGGGACCUGGCCACGGAGGUGGAAAAACUGCUCCUGCAGCCCAGCCCCUAUGUGCGCAAGAAGGCUAUUCUGACCGCAGUGCACAUGAUCCGGAAGGUCCCAGAGCUCUCCAACAUCUUCCUCCCACCUUGUGCCAAACUGCUUCAUGAGCGCCACCAUGGCAUCCUUCUGGGCACUGUCACGCUAAUCCUGGAGCUCUGCGAACGAAGCCCUGAAGCCCUCAGGCACUUUCGAAAGGUGGUACCCCAGCUGGUACAGAUCCUCCGGACUCUGAUGACAACAGGAUACUCCACGGAGCACAGCAUAUCUGGAGUCAGCGACCCCUUCCUGCAGGUCCAGAUACUCCGUCUGCUUCGGAUCCUGGGCCGGAACCAUGAGGAAAGCAGUGAAACCAUGAAUGACUUGCUGGCCCAGGUGGCCACCAGUACAGAUAGCAGCCGAAAUGCAGGCAGUGCAGUCCUAUUCGAGACAGUGCAUACCAUCAUGGAUAUCCACUCUGCAGCUGGCCUACGGGUUCUAGCCGUCAAUAUUCUUGGCCGCUUCCUGCUCAACAGUGAUAAGAACAUUAGGUAUGUAGCCCUGACAUCGUUGCUGCGGCUGGUGCAGUCUGAUCAUAGUGCUGUGCAGCGACAUCGACCCACAGUGGUAGAGUGUCUGCAGGAAACCGAUGCCUCCCUUAGCCGGCGGGCCCUGGAGCUGAGUCUGGCUCUAGUAAAUGGCUCCAACGUGCGAGCCAUGAUGCAGGAGCUUCAGGUGUUUCUGGAGUCGUGCCCCCCUGACCUCCGAGCUGACUGUGCCUCAGGAAUCCUACUGGCUGCAGAGAGGUUUGCCCCAACCAAGCGGUGGCACAUAGACACCAUUCUGCAUGUACUGACAAAGGCAGGCACACAUGUGCGGGAUGACGCAGUGGCCAACCUGAUUCAGCUGAUUGGGGGGACCCAGGAGCUACAUGCCUACUCUGUGCGCCGCCUCUACAGUGCCCUGGCAGAGGACAUCUCCCAGCAACCACUGGUGCAGGUGGCAGCCUGGUGCAUAGGGGAGUAUGGGGACCUCCUGCUGGAGGGGAGCUGUGAGGAGACUGAGCCUGUUCAGGUGGAAGAAGAGGAGGUGUUGGCACUGCUGGAAAAGGUGUUGCAGUCCCAUAUGUCACUGCCAGCCACCCGAGGAUAUGCCCUCACAGCCCUCAUGAAGCUCAGCAUCCGUCUCCCAGGAGACAACAACCGCAUCCGCCAGGUUGUGUCUAUCUACGGGAGCUGCCUGGAUGUGGAACUGCAGCAGCGAGCUGUGGAGUACAACAUGCUCUUCCGGAAAUAUGACCAUAUGAGGGCUGCCAUCCUUGAAAAGAUGCCUCUGGUGGAGCGAGGUGGUCCCCAGGUUGAAGAGGAAGCAAAAAAGACCACGGCAGCAGCCCAGCUUCCAGAAGCAGCCACUCCUGCUCCCCCAGAGCCCCAGGCCUCCAAGCUGUUGGAUCUGCUAGAUCUCCUGGAUGGCACUUCUGGGGAUGCCCAGCAUCCUCCCCUUCUGAAUGCCUCCUCAGGGAGUGCCUCAGUACAUCUCCUUGACCUUCCCUGGGCACCUCCACCACUAGCUUCCAUCCCCAAUCUCAAAGUGUUUGAGCGUGAGGGAGUACAGCUGAAUCUGUCUUUCAUUCGACCCCCUGGCACUCCGGCAUUGCUCUUAAUCACUGUCACCACCACCAACUCUUCAGGAGGUGAUGUAACCCACUUCAUUUGCCAGGCAGCUGUGCCCAAGAGUUUCCAGCUGCAGCUACAGGCCCCCAGUGGGGACACAGUUCCAGCUCGGGGAGGCCUUCCUAUUACCCAGCUCUUCAAAAUCCUCAAUCCUAAUAAGGCCCCUUUGCGGCUAAAGCUGCGCCUCACCUACAACCACUUUGGCCAGUCAGUGCAGGAGAUCUUCGAAGUGAACAACUUGCCUGUGGAAACAUGGCAGUGACUGUCUCUACUCAUCACCUGCGUCCCCAGCCCUGGGAACUCAGCAGCUGGGAACAUUACCCUCCAAGGGCUACCAGCAGGUGGCACUCUGGCCCUGCAUUUGCCACUUCAAAACUGUGGGGACUGCCCCUUUCCCCACAAAUAACGAAAGCCAAAUAAAGCCUG